ACAUUCUUCAUCAAUGGAAUCGUGCUCUGCAUUGACCAGUUUCUCGAGGGCAAGGCCAUUUUCAUCAUUGGUGCAACUGGCUACCUAGCAAAGAUUCUCAUCGAGAAGAUACUACGAGUCCAGCCAAAUUUGAAGAAGCUCUACUUGCUAAUAAGAGCUCCAGAUUCAAAUUCAGCUAAAGAACAUUUUAAUAACGAGGUCAUAAAGACGGAUCUGUUCAGAGUUCUAAGGGAGAAGUUGGGUGCCGACCUACAUAAGCUUAUAGAAGACAAGGUUUUCCCAGUUCCUGGGGAUAUAGCUUGCGAUAGUUUGGGGAUAAAUUCUGAGCUGAAAGAUGAGAUGCACAGAGAAAUAGACAUAAUUGUAAACUCAGCUGCUACAACUAGAUUUGAUGAAAGAUAUGAUACUGCAAUAAGGAUCAAUGCAUUGGGUGCCCUGAAUAUUCUCAAAUUUUCCAAGCAGUGUUCAAAACUAAAGAUACUUCUCCAUGUAAGCACAGCCUAUGUAUGUGGAGAAAAGGAAGGAUUGAUACUAGAGAAACCAUUGCACUUUGAAGAGACGCUUAAUGGAAACUCUCACUUAGACAUAGAAGUGGAGCAAAAGCUGGUAGAGGAGACACUAAUGGACCUUAAAGCUAGGAAUGCCACUGUAAAAGAAGUAACUUUAGCUAUGAGAGUUCUAGGUAUUGAGAGGGCAAAGAUACAUGGAUGGCCAAACACAUACUCGUUAACAAAAGCAAUGGGAGAGAUGCUUUUGGGACACCUGAAGGAGGAUCUCCAACUCAUAAUCCUUCGGCCAACAAUUAUAUCAAGCACAUACAAGGAGCUGUUCCCAGGAUGGAAUGAAGGACUGAGAACCAUGGACACCUUUAUUGUUGGCUAUGGUAAAGGGAAACAGAAUGUUGCGAUGGGUGAUAGAGAAUCAAUACUGGAUGUGAUUCCAGCAGAUAUGGUUGUGAACUCAGUCAUCGCGGCUAUGGUAGCCCAUAGAAAUCGAUCUUCCCAUACAGCUAUUGACCAUAUUAGCUCCUCUAGGACGAAUCCACUAAAAAGUACUGAUAUUAUGCAAUUUUCCGCUGAAUACUUCAAGAAGAAUCCAUGGAUUAACGAAAGAGGAAUGCCAGUCAAAGUCAAGAAAUUUCAUUUACUGGAUAGCAUGGCUAGCCUUCACAAAUACAUAGCUACCCACUACAUGCCAUUAUUAAAGGUUAGUUUUCAUAGUAAUGUCUUCUUAGAUAAACUGUAAAAUUUUAGCCUUUUUGGCUUCACUUGACCAUGAAGUAGACAGUACUAACUUGGAUUA